AUGGAAACCAAUGGGUCAUCUGCCAAGAGUCAGGAGAUCGGGUCAAAAAGAAAGUGGAAGAACCAACAUGAACAUACAGCGAAGCACAUCGCAUGGCAUUCCUUUGGGUACCAAGGCCACCAUCCGCAACAGAGGCCUGCACGGGAUGGUGCUUCACUCACCCCCUCGCCAGGGACGCAAAAUAAUUUCCAUGUUUCAGGAGACCGAUUCUUUCUGACGUCCAGCCCAUACCAGAAAGAUGUAGAAAGUAGGUACCUCCAGGACAAAAUGAACGGGACAAUCACUUGUUUGGUCUGUGGCAACCAAGGACAUUACAGUUGUGACUGCCGUUUCAAGGACCAAGAGCACAAAAUCAUUUGCGCAGUCUGUCGCAAAAAUGGCCACUGUAGCAUGUGGUGUUGCCAGCAGAACAAGUCGGAGAAUCGCGCUUGCACCCGCUGUGGAGAGAUAGGGCAUACUACCAGUACACAUGGUCUCGGUUGCUCAGGCUGUGACGAGUAUCAUGACGACGGAGAGUGCCGUUUAAGCGAGGUUAAAUGCUUCAUCUGUGAAUGUCAGGAUCAUUAUCUUGCUCAGUGCCCCUUGAAUUCAGUAUUGACUGAGGCAUUUCAGGGUCAGAGAGACAACUUCCAAGCCGCUCUGCGGCUUGCACUAUCAAAACAACGCAACCCAUCAUCUACACCUCCCAAGUGUUAUGCAAAAUCAGAAGGAAAAGUACUGACCGCCAACAAGUCUAGUCCAAUUUGCUUUACAUGCAGUGAAGAAGGUCACUUUGCCUUUCAGUGUCCUCAGAACAGCCCCGGCCAGUCCGAAGAAUUUGAAGAGAGCAACACUAUAGCUACAUCCGCCAACCUGUCCAAAGAAUUAGAAGAACGGGACCCUGAUACAGGUACUGCUAAACAAUCAUCAGAAAGGAAGCCGAUAUUGUACGAUCAGUGUUGCCCCUCAAAGGCAAAAGUACUGACCCCCAACAAGCCUAGUCCAAUGGUUAGAACAUGUAAAACAAAAACAAAAGGGAAGAAAAGUAUGUGCUUUACAUGCCGUGAAGAAGGUCACAAUGCCCAUAUGUGUCCGCAGAAGUUCGGAGCUAUAUCUGGCAACACAUCAAAAGAAUUAGAAGAGAGCAGCACUAUAGGUACAUCCUCCAACAUGUCCAAAGUAUUGGAAGAACAGGACCCUGGUACCGCUAAACAUUCAUCAGAAAUGAAGUGGGUUCUUGGAUGUGUUAGCUGUGGUCAGGAAGGGCACAGGGCCAAGAGCUGUCCAACACGAGUGUUUAUAUGCUCCUUAUGCAAUGAAGAAGGCCACAAAGCCAAGAAAUGCCCUCAGAAGGGCCAGAAAUCAUCAGAAAUGAAGCGUAAAUCGAAUGUCCGAUGUGUAAGGUGUGGUGAGGAAGGGCACAAGCGCAAGAAGUGUCCGUUGAAACAUCAAUCAUAG